CCGCCCUCCACCUCACCCCCCUCGCUCCCGGCUCACUGGAUAUGUUUUCUCCCAGAUCUGGAUAUUUUUUUGAUAUCGUGAAACUACGAGGGAAAUAAUUGCAGGGAUUUCUUCUGGGCUCCCUGCUGCUUCUUCAACCCCCCCCCCCACGGACAUGCCUUCAAUUUGGGGAGCCGAGGCACCCCGUCCUAGGCGAAUCAAGCCCCCCAGCCACGAGGGAGCGAAAUGAAGGGAAAUUCUGCAGUGGAAUGAGAGCUCUACAGCUAGGUCCUCACAUCUGCCAUUUGUCCUUUCAAACUGCAUUGUAAUCCGGGCAGGAUAAAUCAGAAGGAGAGACCGAGCAGCCUCCUGGCCGGAUUUCUCCGCCCGAAUUUACUUUCCAGAUCUCUUUUCUUUGCCUUCCUGCUUCUUGGCUGGCUCAGGGAUGACUUCCUCGCUGCAGCGGCCCUGUCGGGUGCCCUGGCUGCUAUGGGCCGUCCUGCUGGUCGGCACUACGGCUGCUUCCCAGAAUCAAGAACGGCUGUGUGCAUUUAAAGAUCCGUAUCAGCAAGACCUCGGGAUAGGCGAGAGUCGGAUCUCUCAUGAAAACGGGACGAUUCUCUGCUCCAAAGGGAGCACAUGUUAUGGUCUGUGGGAGAAGUCAAAGGGCGACAUCAACCUUGUGAAACAAGGAUGUUGGUCCCACAUUGGUGAUCCCCAAGAGUGCCACUAUGAAGAGUGUGUAGUAACUACCACCCCACCCUCAAUUCAGAAUGGAACAUACCGUUUUUGCUGCUGUAGUACAGAUUUAUGUAAUGUCAACUUUACUGAGAAUUUUCCACCUCCUGAUACGACACCACUCAGUCCACCUCAUUCAUUUAAUCGAGAUGAAACAAUAAUCAUUGCUUUGGCAUCAGUUUCUGUAUUAGCCGUAUUGAUAGUCGCCUUAUGUUUUGGAUACAGAAUGUUGACAGGAGACCGAAAGCAAGGCCUUCACAGCAUGAACAUGAUGGAGGCAGCAGCGUCAGAGCCCUCGCUUGACUUGGACAGUCUGAAGCUGCUGGAGCUGAUUGGACGGGGUCGAUAUGGAGCAGUAUAUAAAGGUUCCUUGGAUGAGCGUCCAGUUGCUGUAAAAGUAUUUUCUUUUGCAAACCGUCAGAAUUUUAUAAAUGAAAAAAACAUUUACAGAGUGCCUUUGAUGGAACAUGACAACAUCGCUCGCUUUAUAGUUGGAGACGAGAGACUCACUGCAGAUGGGCGCAUGGAGUACCUGCUUGUGAUGGAGUACUAUCCCAGCGGAUCUCUGUGCAAACAUCUGAGUCUCCACACGAGUGACUGGGUGAGCUCUUGCCGACUGGCUCAUUCUGUGACCAGAGGACUGGCUUAUCUUCACACCGAAUUACCACGAGGAGAUCAUUAUAAACCUGCAAUUUCCCAUCGAGAUUUAAACAGCAGAAACGUCCUGGUAAAAAAUGAUGGCACAUGUGUUAUUAGUGACUUCGGUCUGUCCAUGAGGUUAACUGGAAAUAGACUGGUGCGCCCAGGGGAGGAAGAUAACGCGGCUAUAAGUGAGGUUGGCACAAUUCGAUAUAUGGCACCGGAAGUGCUGGAAGGAGCCGUGAACCUGAGGGACUGUGAGUCAGCUCUGAAGCAAGUUGACAUGUAUGCGCUCGGCCUGAUCUACUGGGAGGUGUUCAUGAGGUGCACAGACCUCUUCCCGGGUGAGUCUGUACCAGAAUACCAGAUGGCUUUUCAGACAGAAGUUGGAAACCAUCCCACUUUUGAGGAUAUGCAGGUUCUUGUGUCGAGAGAAAAGCAGAGACCCAAGUUCCCAGAAGCCUGGAAAGAAAAUAGCCUGGCAGUGAGGUCACUCAAGGAAACAAUCGAAGACUGCUGGGACCAGGAUGCAGAGGCUCGGCUUACCGCACAGUGCGCUGAGGAAAGAAUGGCUGAACUCAUGAUGAUAUGGGAGAGAAACAAGUCAGUGAGCCCAACGGUCAAUCCAAUGUCUACUGCUAUGCAGAAUGAACGCAACCUGUCACAUAACAGGCGUGUGCCAAAAAUUGGGCCUUACCCAGACUAUUCUUCCUCCUCAUACAUUGAAGACUCCAUUCACCACACUGACAGUAUGGUGAAGAAUAUUUCCUCCGAGCAUUCCAUGUCCAGCACACCUGUGGCUGGAGGCGAAAAGAACCGGAAUUCGAUUAAUUACGAGCGGCAGCAAGCACAAGCCCGGAUCCCCAGCCCCGAGACAAGCGUCACCAGCCUGUCCACAAACACCACCACCACAAACACCACUGGCCUCACUCCGAGUACUGGCAUGACCACUAUAUCCGAGAUGCCAUACCCAGACGAAACAAAUCUACACGCCCCAAAUGUCGCACAGUCAAUCGGGCCCACCCCUGUCUGCUUACAGCUGACGGAAGAAGACUUGGAGACCAAUAAGCUAGACCCAAAAGAAGUUGACAAGAACCUCAAGGAAAGCUCUGACGAGAACCUCAUGGAACAUUCUCUGAAGCAGUUCAGCGGGCCAGACCCCCUGAGCAGCACCAGCUCCAGCCUGCUUUAUCCACUCAUCAAACUGGCAGCGGAAGUGACUGGGCAGCAGGAUUUCACACAGGCUGCAAACGGCCAAGCGUGUUUAAUCCCUGACGUUCCACCUGCUCAGAUCUAUCCUCUCCCCAAGCAACAGAACCUUCCUAAGAGACCUACUAGUUUGCCUUUGAAUACCAAAAAUUCAACAAAAGAACCCCGGCUAAAAUUUGGCAACAAGCACAAAUCAAACUUGAAACAAGUAGAGACCGGAGUUGCCAAGAUGAACACAAUCAAUGCAGCAGAGCCUCAUGUGGCGACGGUGACUAUGAACGGUGUGGCAGGAAGAAGCCACAGCGUUAAUUCCCACGCUGCCACAACCCAGUAUGCCAACGGGGCGGUGCCGUCUGGCCAGGCAGCCAACAUGGUGGCACAUAGGGCCCAAGAAAUGCUGCAAAAUCAAUUUGCUGGUGAAGAUACCCGGCUGACUAUCAAUUCCAGCCCUGAUGAGCACGAACCUUUACUGAGACGAGAGCAGCAAGCUGGCCGGGAUGAAGGGGUCCUGGAUCGCUUGGCAGACAGGAGGGAACGGCCAUUAGAAGGUGGCCGAACUAAUUCCAAUAACAACAACAGCAAUCCCUGUUCAGACCAAGAUGUACCUACACAAGGCACUACAUGCACAGCUGCAGGUCCUGGGCCAUCCAAGCCCAGGAGAGCACAGAGGCCUAAUUCUCUGGAUCUUUCAGCCACAAAUAUCCUGGAUGGCAGCAGUAUACAGAUAGGUGAUUCGACACAAGAUGGCAAAUCAGGAUCAGGUGAAAAGAUCAAGAAACGUGUGAAAACUCCAUAUUCUCUUAAGCGGUGGCGCCCCUCCACCUGGGUCAUCUCCACGGAACCGCUGGACUGUGAGGUCAACAACAACGGCAGUGACAGGGCAGUUCAUUCUAAAUCGAGCACUGCUGUGUACCUUGCGGAGGGAGGCGCUGCCACGACCAUGGUUUCUAAAGAUAUAGGAAUGAAUUGUCUGUAAGGUGUUUUCAAGCUUAUGGAGUGAAUUUAUUUUUUUGCAUCAUUUAAACAUGCAGAAGACAUUUAAAACAAACAAAAAACAAACAAACUGCUUUAACGUCCUGUCCGCACCCUUCCCACCCCUGCAGCAAGGACUUGCUUUAAAUAGAUUUCAGCUAUGCAGAAAAUUUUAGCUUAUGCUUCCAUAUUUUUUAAUUUUGUUUUUUGAGUUUUGCACUUUUGUUUAGUCUCGCUAAAGUUAUAUUUGUCUGUUAAGACCGCAUUAUAUGUGUGCUUAUCAAAAGUGGUCUCAAAAUAUUUUUUUAAGAAAAAAAAAGCAAAAACAGUGUAUUGCUGAUAAUCAGUUUAGACCGUUUUCUAAAGGUCAUUAAAACAGAAGCAAAUUAAGA